GCUCGACUACAACGCGCACGCGCUUCGUGAUAUAUAGUUAGUUACAGUGUCAAGCAUGGUGAAGUUCGAAGGAGAUUUCAGUAUAAACUCGAUACUGAUGAACCACACGGCGAAUAAACCGCCGCCGUCACCAACUCCGUCUUCUACUGGUGCCUCAGCGGACGCAGACUUGAGUGACUCGGAACUCGACGUGAUUGGGACAGAGCCCGUUGACUGCACCAAACCAAAAGGAGAGGACGGUGACAAAAAAGAAAAGAAGCAUGAAAAACCUGCGUACAGCUACAACGCGCUCAUCAUGAUGGCUAUACGAAACAGCCCAGAGAAACGGUUAACUCUCAAUGGAAUCUAUGAAUACAUCAUGACAAACUUCCCGUACUACAAAGAGAACAGACAAGGUUGGCAAAACUCCAUUCGGCACAAUCUGAGUCUAAACAAAUGCUUUGUGAAAGUACCGCGACAUUACGAUGAUCCUGGCAAAGGAAAUUAUUGGAUGCUCGACGCCUCGGCAGAAGACGUUUUCAUCGGCGGUACCACGGGAAAGUUGCGACGGCGGUCGGCCUUAAAUGGACGUUCCCGUCUCGCCUGCUACAAGCGACCGCUGUUCCCUGGCGCUCCAUUACCGGGAGGAUAUCCACCGGCUGCGUAUUCCCAAUUAUUUGGAUUAUAUUCCCAACUGUUCUGCCAGCGAUUCGCAAAUAUGCAGGUGAAGACUCCUCCUGUCGCCCCGAGUGCAGUGCAUCCCGCGUUCAGAGACAUGGGUUACGGCUUACCGUACUCGCCAGCACUAUACUCCGAGAGGUUACCAUCGGCGCCGUUCCUUGGACAGCAGUUGAUGCAGACAUCGCCGCUUCUACCGGCGUCUCCGCCAUUGUCUGCGCACUCGCCGCCCACGUCAGGCACCUCAAGCCCUGAGCUGCCGAGCCUACCCUUGCAGUCUCACCACCCGCUCUCUCCACAUAUAUACAAGCCUGUGACAGUUUUAACGCGGCACUGAUGUGUUUAGACAAUACCGCAGUAGCGUCUUUUAUCUGUGAUUUAGUUUUAGUGCACGGACCAGUGGUUGAGGUCUGUAUUGUAUUGUGUAAUAUGCCUGUUCCGAUGUUAUUGAAUGCGUUACAUGUUCUUAACUUUUACUUAUCUUUAUUUUUUCUAGGAACAGGAUUAUAGUGCUUUAUGAUUCUAAUCUGCAAUCUCUCUGUUUGCAAUACUGUUAUUUACCUCGGCAUCGCAUUCCGCAAUUGUUUUCUUAUUUAAAUGUAAAUAAUUCCAAAGUGUAUAAUUAUGUAUACAUAGAUAAUUUAUUGAAUAGUUUUAGGAUUAAGUUAAAAGAGAUACCUAAAUAGAAUAAUAAAAAUUAAAUAUUGACACGAUAA